AUGGCAUGGCUCCUGGUGCUGCUGCUCCUGCAGGUUACUGCUGCCAACAGUUUUUCUCAUGAAACUGAAAAUUUCAGUUUAAGACAAGCCAUCCGAAAGGAGAGUAUUCAGUGGGUGGAUUCUUAUCAGUUAGACAGCCUACCUCCUCUACGGUGUACAAAAAGGACCUGGGUUAUCACCACCAUUGAUAUUCAAGAGGAGGACAAAGGACCAUUCCCAAAAUAUGCUGGACAGAUAAAAGUUAAAGAUAUUAAUGACAAUGCACCUGAGUUUCCCAAGGAGGAAUAUAGCGUUACGAUAAGAGAGAACCACAGUAAAGAUAAGCCAGUUUUCCAAGUUACUGCCUUGGACAAAGAUGAAGAUGGUACUGCAAAUUCUCGGAUGUCCUAUUCUCUGAGUAUGCAAGUACCCCUUCCAGAUGGAUUCACAUUUAGUAUUGAUCCUACCUCAGGAUCGAUAUGUCUGUCAGAAUGCCUGGAUUAUAAGACUGCCAGCUCUUUCAAACUUCUCAUUAAAGUCAGUGACCAUGGAACUCCCCAGCUGUCAUCUACUGCAACAGUGAAUGUAGCUGUUGAAGAUGCAAACAACCACCUCCCUGUAUUUACUAGAGAUAAUUACCAGCUGCAGGUUUCAGCAGGUCAAGACCAUCCAGCUGUAUUACGGCUCCAAGUGGAAGAUAACGACUCUCGCGACACUCCAGCUUGGAGAGCAAAAUACAGAGUAACACAAGGCAAUGAUAAGGAACAGUUCACCAUUGAGACGGACCCAGACACAAAUGAAGGCAUUUUGAGUAUUAUCAAGCCUCUUGACUAUGAAGAUGACUCUGAGAUGAGACUUGUCAUUUCUGUAGCAAAUGAAGAACCUUUCUUCUUGUGUAAAAACGGCAUUGUGAUGAUCUCAAGCCCAGGAUCCACGAAUACAACUGUGAACAUCAAGGUCUUGCAGUCACAACAUGCUCCUAGUUUUCACCCUCCUAUACUUAUUGUCCAAAAAGAAGAUUCAAUGAAGCCUGGGAGAGUAUUUAGAAGGUAUCCUGCCACAUAUCCAGAUGGUGUGCCAAAUAAGAUAAAAUAUGAACUAGCCCAUGACCCAGAUGGUUGGCUGAGUGUGGAUGAGAAUUCUGGAGUUCUUACUGUGGCAAAAGAAUUUGAUCAAGAAUCUCCUUAUGUGAACAAGAGCCUGUACACCAUCAUCGUUCAUGCUAUGGAUCAUGGUAUUCCACAACAGACCGGUACUGGCACCAUCCUGCUUUACUUGUCGGACGUUAAUGAUCAUAUGCCAACAUUAGUGGCUUCUUCUUUAGCUGUGUGUGACAAAAAAGAAGGGACGCCUCUCAUUAUAAAAGCUAAGUCUGCUCUGGUCCAUGCACAUUCUGGGCCAUUUACAUUUGAGCUGGCUGAGGACUCUGAAGAUGUGAAGCAUAACUGGAAAUUAGGAAGGAACUUCGUUUCCAGUAUUCUACUUUGCCAGUUUUAUGUGUGGAGAUCUAAAAGCAAAGCCAUUGUUCUACCUCAAGAUGGUGAACAGACUUUAAUUAACUACAAUGAAGAGAGCAGAAUGUCCUUAUCUCAAGCUAAGCUGGAUAUCACAGGUCAUGCUGCUCUACCGCCUGUGUCUGGGGAGGCUGGAGAAGAAGUGGUUGCUGAGGAUGACAUGCAUGCUAGUUACAGGGUGUUCCAAGAGAGACACCUGGAUUACAUCAUGCAGACAGUGGACGAAAUACUGGGCCAGAAACUGUAUUACCAAAGCACACUGGAAGAUUAUGGGGCCAUCUAUGAACCUUACCGGUAUGCUGAAGAAGGAGAACUAGAGCGAAGUACCUCCUCCUGCUCUGUCUCCGUGGGCAGCGAGGACUUGCCAGCUGAUUUCUUGAACACUCUGGGACCAAAGUUUUCUGCUCUGGAAGAAAUCUGUCAGAAGCGAUUUCCAUCACUCAAUUAA